AUGGCGGCGACGACGCACAGCUCCACGGUGCACGUCCUCCUCGUGGACGACGCCGGGCUCUUGCGCAGAUGCCAGUACCAAGUCACGACCGCGAGCUCCGGCCGCGAGGCCAUGGCGCUCCUCGAGCGCGGCACGCAGUUCAACCUCCUCCUCACGGACGUCAUGAUGCCGGACGUCGACGGGCCCACGCUCCUGCACUUCGUGCGGAAUAACCCCCUCUACGCGGAAAUGCCCGUGGUGAUGAUGUCGUCCAACGAGCACGCGGACAUGGUCAUGAACUGCAUCCGCUUGGGCGCGGAGGAUUACAUCAUCAAACCGGUGACGAAUAAGGCGGUGAAGCACAUGUGGGCGCACGUGUGGCGACGGAAGCAGCGGUACCAGAUGGUGCCGAGGUUCGAGAACGGCCGCGAGGUGGACGAGGAACGCGAGUUCGAAGCCGCGGCGAUGGAGGAACUGCGCGGCGGCGUCGACCUCGAGGCUGGGAUGCUGCCCGUGCCGGAGACGGAGGAGUACAGCAGCGAUGGCGAGAGCGACGACGACGAGGCGCGGCGAGGCGACGCGGCGGCGGAGUUUUACGCGAUGGAGUACGCGAACACGUCGGGGGGAUGGGAGGGCGGGACGGAUUUCGGCUCAGGCGCGUUCUACACACUGGUCCCCAUACGACCGCGUUGGCGUGUGACGUUCCCGGGCGCGGCGGGCUCGAGCGCGAGCGACGGCGGAUGCCCGAUGGGCCACCACGCGCGCGGCGGCCGCGUCGGGAAGCGCGCGAAAGUCCGGGGAGGGACGUGCCCGUUCGCGGCGGCGGGGGGGGGAACAAACGCGAGGGACCCUGACGCGAAGAUGGACGCCGUGCACGAGGUGCCAGACGAGGAAGAAGACGCGGCGACGGCGGCGGCGGCGGCGGCGGACGGGAGAGCGGCGCCGGCGCGCGCGACGGCGACCCACGACCCGCUCGUCGUCACGGACGAGAUGACCGGCGUCGCGAAGCGUCUGGUCCCGGUGCCGCCGAUGCGUAACCUAACGGACGGUCGUCGUACGUUACGCGAGUGGAUCGACCUCGCGAACAGAGACGGGUUGGGCCUCGUCGAGCGAAGAGACGCGUUGCACGUGCUCGGACGCGCCGCGUCGCUGCUGGCGUCGCACCACGACCGCGGGAUGCUCCUCGGCGCGAUGCGCCCGAGCGCGCUGACGAUAUCGCCGCAGGGCGAGGUCGGGAUCGCGCCGCCGCGGCCGACCACGCCGCCGCGGACGAACCCGUGCUCGGCGGGCGCCGCCGCCGUCCGCGGCGCAAGGAGGAAAGCGCGGCGGGCGUGGGCGACGUCCAACGCGCGAAGGGACGGCGACGAGCGCGAGCCGGGGGCCGGGAUGAUGAACCCCGACGAGGACGAGGACGACGUCGUCGACGCGGACGACGAGUACGACGAGAUGAUGGACAGCGACGACGACGAGAUCGGCGGAGAGAUGCGCGUGCCGUCCCCAUGCGGGGGCUUCGCCGCGGGCGCGGGCGGCGACGCGAACGAGUCUCUGUACGUCUCCCCCGAGGAGAAGACCGCCGCGGCUUUCGGCGCGGAAGGCGAGGCGUUCGGCGGCUGGCGGCCGUCCGCCUCGAGCGAGUGUUUCGCCCUCGGCGUCCUCAUGGUCGAGCUGUGCUGGCCCGACGUCGCCGCGAGCGCGGUCGGCGACGUCGGCAAGCUGUUGCGCGCCGUGCUUCGACCCGACGGCGACGGCGCGGCGGAGCUCGCGAGGGACCCCACGGAGAGCGCCAUCGCGCGGCAGCUGCUGCAGCCCGUGCCGGGGAACCGACCGACCGCGUCGCAAGUCGCGGCGCUCCUGACGAAGUACGCGUCCGAGAUCGAGGAUGCUGCUGCCGCUGCUUCGGGGUGGGCGACGACGCGAGAGAUGGGCGCGGCGGUGGAGAGGCGACGCGCGGAGCUCAUCGCGUUGGCGGAUUUUUUGCGGCGACACCGCGAGGCGCGCGUGCGCGAGGCGCAGGGACACAGGGUCCGGUCCGCGCUCCUCGCGCACGCGCUUCGGCAGCUCGUCGGCCCCGCGGACGCGCAGGCUGCGGUCGGGAGGCGAGGGAUGGGAACGCUCUCCGUCGGCGGCGGAGGGGGAAGAAGGAACUCUGGCGACGGCCGCCCGUCGCGGCAAAACAGCGUCGACGGCGUCGGCGCCAACGUCCUGUCUCGACAGCCGAGCUUCGAGGGACCGGGACCGAGCGAGCGGCGCGGCGUGUCGUUCGACCUCCCGAGAGGCGGCUUGGGUUUGGGUUUGGGUUCCUCCUCGACGCUGGGCUUCCCCGGCGCGAACGCGGCCGCGUCGAGGCGGCCGCGACGCGGCAGCAACGACGGCAGCGGAGACGCCCUCGAGCUCGGCGGCGGCGGGAGCGGUCGCUCGAGCAUGGACGCGGAGGACGGGGGCGCGGGUCCCCCCGCGAUGGCGACGGCGACCACGGCGUUGACGACGGUCGCGGGCGCCGAUCGCGCGCUAGGGAACGGGCGGUCGUUCAGCGCGAACGAUCUCACCGCGCUGGACGCGUCCGCGUCCGCCGCGAAGGCGGUCGGCGCCGGGCUCAAGCCCGCGAGCGAGCUCGACGACGAGGCGUUCAACGCGUUGGAGGAAGACUUUUUCGACGCGUGCGCGCGCGCCAUCGCGCCGAUCGCGCGCAAGUACGCCAACGCCACGAAAGCGGCGUCGCUCGAACCCAGCGUGGUCGUCACCGGCAGCUCGUUCACCGCGCUCGCGAACGCGAGCGCGCACAGCACCGCGAUCGAGCUCAAGCGCGCGGCGGGCGCGGAGGCGGCGCGAGACGCGGGGAUCGCGCUCGCCGGCGCCAUGGACGGGUUCGGCGCGGACCUCGCGCGGUGCGUCCGACGGACAACCUUAAACGUCGUCGCGGACGUGUCCAUCGGGCACGUGCACUCGUUCGGGGAGAUGGUGUGCAGCACGGGGUGGGACCGCGACGGCGAGUACAUCGCCACCGGCGGCAUCUCCAAGCGGUUGCGGGUGUUCGAAGUCGCCGUCGUGACGGAGCUCGGCGCCGCGGUGCACUGCCCGGUGUCCGAGAUCAAGACGAACUCGAAGCUCUCGUCGCUGGCGUGGAACCCGUACAUCAAGCACGGACUCGCGAGCGCGGACUACGACGGCAGCGUGCACCUGUGGGACGCGGACAGAGGCGUCCUCACGAGCGAGUUUAACGAGCACAGGAAGCGCGCGUGGUCGUUGGAUUAUUCGCAAUUGGAUCCGACGCGCCUCGUCUCGGGGUCCGACGACGGCACCGUUCGCGUGUGGAGCAUCUCUCAGGCGACGUCCGUGUCUUGCAUCCGUCAGCGCGCGAACGUGUGCUCCGUGCAGUUCUCUCCCGUGAACGCGAACGUCGUCGCGUUCGGGAGCGCGGACUACAAGAUCUACGCGUACGACUUGAGGCACACGUCGCGGCCGCUGGUGACUCUGUCUGGGCACAAGAAAGCCGUGUCCUACGUGCGUUGGAUGGGCGGCGACCUGAUCGUGUCCGCGUCCACGGACAACACGCUGAAGCUGUGGGACGUGAAGCGCGGCAUGGUCGGCGAUAAGAACGAGUUCGCGUCCGGCACCGGCGGGGGUUUAUUCGACCCCGGGAGCGAACGGAGCGCGUGCUCGCGAACGUUUCGCGGGCACCUCAACCAGAAAAAUUUCGUCGGGAUGUCCGUCGCGCGAGACGGACACAUCGCGUGCGGGAGCGAGGACAACACGGUGUGCCUGUACACGCGGUCCGUGCCGAGCCCGAUCACGACGCAGUCGCUCGCGACGUGCAGCGCGUUCAACAACCCGAGCAGCGGCGGGUGCGGGCUCGGCGGCGGGGAGCGCGGGCUCGGCGGCGGCGGCGGCGACGCGGGCGCGGGCGCGGCGGGCGGCGGGGAUAAGACGGGGUUGUUCGUCAGCAGCGUGGCGUGGAGUCCGGACGGGCGACGGCUCGUCGCCGCGAACUCGUGCGGCGCGGUGAAGAUCAUGGAGGUGACGAAUUAA